AUUUUAGUCAGUCACAGGACUUUUGGGUCUGUUUGAUCUGGUCUAUUUGUUCAGGAGAAGCCCACAUCAAAGUUCAGUUUUAGUCCUACAAACAGACGCAGCACAGCACUUCCCACCAGCACACAGCAAAGCUCUGAGGAUGUGGGUCAUCACUGUCAUCUCUGUGGCCUGUCUGCUGGUCAGUCCAUCUCUGGCUGGGAUCAAAGAUCUCAGCUCUCACUUCACUGACCCUCAACCGGACCCCAGAGGCUUCGAAACGGGCGGUGCGGUGGAUAUAGAGGCCAUUCCCUUGGAGUUCCACAAAGAAAACACUAUCACUAAUGACCUAGUUGUCGAUGGCUUUGAGGAUGAAGAUUAUAUUGAUUUUGAUAAAAUCCUGGCUGCAGGCAGUGAUGACUACAUUGAAGGUGAUGAGAUCGAUGACAUUGCCACUCCAGCCCCAGACAUUGACAUCUUUGCCGAACCCUCGGACCCAAAGAUUCGCCGUGCCAGACUUCUACGGCUCUUCCACGGGCGUUCUCGUCUCCAGCGCCUCAAUGUUGUCAAUUCCCGUUUCGGGUUUAACCUCUAUCGAAGUCUUCGAAAUGACGUCAAUCAGACGGACAACAUCCUGCUGGCACCUGCUGGGAUCUCCAUCGCUAUGGGGAUGAUGUCUUUAGGGGCAGGACCUGGAACUCAUGAUCAGAUCUACAAAGCCCUGGGAUUCGCCGAGUUUGUCAAUGCCAGCCAUCACUACGACAAUACAACGGUGCAUAAGCUUUUCAGGAAGCUGACGCACAGGCUCUUCAGGAGGAACUUUGGUUACACGCUUCGUUCUGUGAAUGAUGUCUACUUAAAGAAAGACGUCUCGGUGAAAGACACCUUCCGAGCAGAGACAAAGGCUUAUUACUUUGCAGAGCCGCAGUCAGUGGACUUCAAAGAUCCUGCUUUUCUGGACAAGGCCAACCGUCGUAUCCAAAAGCUGACCAAAGGGCUGAUCAAGGAGCCACUCAAGAGUGUGGAUCCAAAUAUGGUGCUGAUGCUGCUCAACUAUCUGUACUUCAAAGGUACAUGGGAACAGAAAUUCCCCAAAGAAAUGACUCACUAUCGCAACUUCAGAGUAAAUGAAAAGACAAAUGUACGUGUGCCAAUGAUGAGCAACAAGGGAAACUAUCUGGCUGCUGCUGACCACGAACUGGACUGUGACAUCCUGCAGCUCCCAUACACUGGCAACAUCAGCAUGCUCAUUGCCUUGCCAAGGAAGAUCACCGGCAUGAGGACUUUGGAGCAGGAGAUCUCACCUACCGUUGUCAACAAGUGGCUCAAAAACAUGACAAACAGGACUCGUGAGAUCGUGCUACCUCGGUUUAAACUGGAGCAAAACUACGACUUGAUUGAAAACUUGAAGGAGAUGGGGCUCACUGACAUGUUCAAGGAUACUGGAGAUUUCACUGGAAUGACCUCGGAGAAGGUUUCCAUGAAUUGGCUGAAGCACCAGGGAACCAUCACUGUGAAUGAGGAGGGGACCGAAGCAGCUGCUCUGACCCAGGUGGGCUUCAUGCCACUCUCCUCUCAGAUUCGCUUCACUGUGGAUCAUCCGUUCCUCUUCCUGAUCUACGAGCACCGCACAGACUGCCUCGUGUUCAUGGGCCGGGUGGUCAAUCCCUCACAGAGCUAAAUAAAAGCUAUAAAGCUAAACUGUUCAUAACCUUUUUUAAGCUAGAACGUCCUACUACGUUUUAGAUUUUAACAGCUGAGGUGUUUACAGUAAUGAGUCUUUAUGUGUAUGUAGUCUCUUACUGAACAUUUAAACUUUUCUUCGUAUCGCUCAGAGUGCCAAGUCUGUCUGAUUGACUCAGUGAAUGCCUGUUAAUGUUUCAACCUUUGCAAUGACACUGAUGAAGAAAAAAACUGGCAUUACAUAAUUUACUGUUGUUACUCUAAUACCACAUUGCAAUAUUUUCACAAAGGAAAUGUUUGAAAAACACAACAAAUUAGAUAAUAAAAAAAGAAAAACAACCAUAAAACUGACAAACAUUUCUGUGAAUAAAGCUUAAACUUGUUACUUUACAUUACUUUUUUAAAAUGAGCAUUUUAAUGGAGAAGAUGUUAUCUUAUUACUUACAACUACCACCAUGUCAAUACAAUAAACAAAUGCUAAUUGGUA